AGACAACGAACUUGUUUUGACAGACAAAAAGUCGGGUGUGUCAUGGAUUUUGCCUACUCCCACUAAGGCAGAUGGAAAAGUACAAGCGCAGCCAACGUCUGUUGUUGUUUUGCCAAGAAGUACCAACACACAGUCCUUGACAGUGUUAGACAAUCGAACUAAUAAACUUUAUGAAAUUCCAAUAACAAAUAAUACAAUAUCUGCCCUUAAAUUUAAGGAAAUACGAGCCGAUCCAUUACCAGGCUCCCGUGAAGAAGAUGAAAGUGGAAAAGGAUUGAGAGUAUAUGAUCCAGCAUUCCAAAACACUGCUGUCGCAUAUUCCAAGAUUACAUACAUUAAUGGUGACACUGGAGCUCUACGUUACCGUGGUUACCCGAUUGAACAGCUGGCAGAGAAAUCUACAUACCUUGAAGUUGCUUAUCUUCUUAUUUAUGGUGAACUUCCAUCCAAACAACAGCACGCAUAUUUCUCUCAUGAAAUUAUGCAUCAUACAUUUGUACAUUUCAACGUAUCUGAAUUAAUGCGCAAAUUCAAUUACGACGCUCAUCCAAUGGGAAUGUUUAUCAGCGGCAUUUCUGCAAUGAGUACUUUUCACCCGGAUGCUAAUCCGGCCUUAGCUGGGUCUGAUCUGUUUGUUCGAGAUGAAAGAAUUAGGAACAAACAAAUAUAUAGACUUCUGGGUAAAACACCAACAUUGGCCGCCAUCGCUUAUCGCCAUCGCAUCGGUCGAAGUUACAAUGUUCCCCAAAACAAUCUUUCUUAUACAGAAAAUUUUUUAUAUAUGCUUGAUCAGUUGACCGAAAAAAAUUAUAAACCAAACCCAAAAUUGGCCAGGGCUCUUGAUGUUUUAUUUAUUCUUCAUGCAGAUCAUGAACUUAAUUGCUCAACGGCAGCGAUGCGUCACAUUGGUUCAUCACUUGUCGAUCCUUAUAGCGCUGUAUCGGGAGCUGCGGCUGCCUUAUAUGGUCCGCUCCAUGGUGGUGCUAAUGAAGCUGUAUUGAGAAUGUUAGAGGCAAUUGGCUCGGUCGAUAAUAUACCAACAUUCAUUCAAGAAGUUAAACAAAGAAAAAGAAAAUUAUUUGGUUUUGGGCAUAGAAUCUACAAGAAUUAUGAUCCAAGAGCAAAAAUUAUUAGAAAAAUUGCUUAUGAG